UCUCUCGCAGGGGCUCACACUGAUCCAAGUUAGGAGCUUUCAGCUGCCAGCCUUGGCCCAUCAUGUAAGUGCUGCGGAGAAUUCUUUGCAGUGCAUUUUGCAGAAAUUCGCUCUUUUCCCGACGCCUGCGGGAUUCGUGCAAUCACACCGCGGCGGUUUGCGCGGACACGCACGCACCGGACGCAAAAAGGCUCCAAGUGCAUGAAGAUCGAGGCUCGUAUUUUUUGCAUCUUUUGUUGCAAAGCGAGCCGCUCGAAGCUCCUGAGAGAGGGCGAUGGAGGGAGGGAGUGAGAGAGAAGGCAAAGUCUUUUGUGCUUCCCCUCCCCCUCAUCAAAGCAAAGGGGAAAUGUCUCAGCCAAAGGGAGGUAAGAAGAAGCCGGUGCUCAAGCUCUCCAAGGAGGUGUUUGAGCAGCCUCCUCCCGCCGCAGUACCCCCCAGAGAUUUGGAUUCGAAAGCUUGUGUAACCAUCGGAGAAAAGAAUUUCGAGGUGAAGGCCGAUGACCUGGAGCAGAUCUGCGAGCUCGGCCGAGGAGCGUACGGCGUGGUGGACAAGAUGAGGCACGUGCCCAGCGGCCUGAUCAUGGCUGUGAAGCGGAUUCGUGCCACAGUGAACACUCAGGAGCAGAAGAGGCUGCUCAUGGACCUGGACAUCUCCAUGAGGACGGUGGACUGUUUCUACACCGUCACCUUCUACGGAGCGUUGUUCAGAGAGGGCGACGUCUGGAUCUGCAUGGAGCUGAUGGACACCUCCCUCGACAAGUUCUACAAGCAGGUGAUCGAGAAAGGCAUGAGCAUCCCCGAGGACAUCCUGGGAAAGAUCGCCGUCUCAAUAGUAAAAGCUUUGGAGCAUCUGCACAGCAAUCUGCAAGUCAUACACAGAGAUGUGAAGCCCUCCAACGUGCUGAUCAACACUCAGGGCCAGGUCAAGAUGUGCGACUUUGGCAUCAGCGGCUACCUGGUCGACUCUGUGGCUAAGACCAUGGACGCCGGCUGCAAACCUUACAUGGCGCCGGAGAGGAUCAACCCCGAGACGAACCAGAAAGGCUACAACGUGAAAUCUGACAUCUGGAGUUUAGGAAUCACGAUGAUCGAGCUCGCCAUCCUGCGCUUCCCGUACGACUCGUGGGGCACGCCCUUCCAGCAGCUGAAGCAGGUGGUGGAAGAACCUUCGCCCCAGCUUCCUGCGGACCAGUUCUCCCCUGAGUUUGUGGACUUCACCUCUCUGUGCUUAAAGAAAGUUUCCAAAGAGCGGCCGACUUACACUGAACUCAUGCAACAUCCCUUCUUCACCUCCCAUGAGGCCAAAGAAACCGACGUGGCUAGCUUCGUGAAGGUCAUCCUGGGGGACUGAGUCGCCGCACAGGAGGGAGGGAAGCUCUGUUAAAAAAAAAGAAAAGAAAAGAAAAAAAAGAAAUACAACAAACAAACAAACAAAAAAAGCACCAAUCGCAGCCCCUCAUCCCUGCAGGACUCCCCCCUGCCUCGCCGUACUCUCACCCUGCCUCCAGAGUCCAGAGGAGAAGCUGAGAGGCGGAACCGGACCUGCAUGUCCUCUGUACGUUACCGGACAUGUGAGAGGUGCUGGUGGUGGUCUGGGGGUGCGCCUCACACAUAAUCUGGAAUAAUUUAAGAUGUCGUGUAUGCAAAAAACAAAAACAAACAAAAAAAAAAAACCUCCCUUUGGUUGGACCUGUGCACCGCCUACUUCUCAAACAUUAGUCAGCAGGUCGAGCGCGUGUGCAGCCGAAGCGUCAUAAUGGUGAAUUUUUUUUUUUUCUCUUUUUGCUGAAAGAAGUGAGAAGAGGUUCAGAUUAUAUAAAAAAAAGAUGAAUGCUAUAAUGCUAUCCAUGUAUAAUCUAAAUGUUUGUAUACUCAAAGCAAGUGUUGCAUCGGUUUAUUCAUUGACUGCAUGUACAGAAUAUAUCUCUGGACGUGACGAGUCUGAUAGUUGAAGACCUGCAGAUGUACACUUCAAGGCCUAACCCUCCUAGAGGUCAGAAAUAGGUACUGCACUUCAACUGCUUUCCCUUGAUUACAGCAGAGGUCUACUACAUGUGUGUGUUUUGUUUUUUUGGGCUCUGGCUGCCUGUGAGUGUGUUAAGUGUGUUUGUAUGUGUGUGAGCUGAUGCAUGAUAUGUGUGUGUGUGUGUGUGUGUGUGUUUGUAGGGCUGCACAAUUUUGGAUGAAUUUUUGCGCUCAGAGUUUUGUCGCGAUUCUUGUGAGUGAAAUGUUUCCUCUGCAGCCUCGUCGUGCCUGCGAGAGCUCGUCCGUUAUAGUGAUGAAUUAUUUAUGUCUUCUGUGGCCAGGCGGCGGCGGCGUUUUCGGGGCCUUGGUAGCGUUUUAUUUUCUCGAUGCAGUAUGUAUUUCGUCCAAACACUGCUUGCACAGCACAUGCAUGUUUUCAUUGUGUUUCAACCUGAAUCAGUUCCUGUCUAAAGAACUUGUGGCUUCUUUUUCAAAUGUUUGUGAAGUUUCAUUUCCUCGGGGCUGACUUCUUAUUUAUUUGCUUCUGUUUGUCCGUGGUUGUUUCUCUCGCUGUGUUGCGGCCCGAUCAGACGGUUCAGGAGCAGAACUUUUCAUCGGAAUCACAACAACGCCUCUCGGUGGUUUGUGGCUUUUCCGUUAAUUUUUGUUUCAGAUAGUAAACUUUGGUUAGAUGAAUUAAUUCCUCUGUUCUAACAAUAAUAAAGACGUGUCUGUCAGGAGCUUUGUUUUAUGUGAACCAUGUUCACAGAGGCCAAGUCUUCAACCGUGGCAGCUCGGUGCCCCUGUAGCAUCAUUUCUCAUGCAUGUUUGAAGUCAGGUGACGCAGUGUAAGGAGCGAGGAAGUCCACAUAUGAAGGAAGACUGGUCAGACAAACCCACUUUCACUCUGGAGACCACUGUUUGUAUCUUGUUGGCUUCUUUGUAGCUUAGAUUACUUUAACCCAAAUCCACGACCUUUGCAUAAACCUAACCAAGUGGGUUUGUGUCUACAGCUCACCAAACUGCGAGUUUAACUUUAUUCAGUUCCAUCUUUACGAGCUCUGCACGUGCUGAACUGAUGCUAGCGGGGUCAAAGACGCCAUAUUUGUUGACUUGGGAGUGACGUGUUGUCAGACGAGGGAACGAUUGAAACAGUUCGUACGACAUGUCAACCAUCGACGUCUGAAAGCAAAGCGGCCGCACAUCCGCAAAUUUCAAUCUGAUCAAACAUGCAGCCCUACUCGACACACACACACACACACACACACACACACACACACACACACAUUAAGUGAGUGUGUGUUGACAUUGUGGUCAGUUGUGGGAGAAGAUUGCCCAUAUUCUCCUUGUUGUCUGUACUGAGCCAAUCACAACCCUCUCCACUCCAUGUUCACCAUGAAAAGAACUGGAUAUUAUUAUUUCUAUUAUUAUUGAUAAUAUUAUAUGAAUUAUGUUAUUAUUUAGAUCCAGGUUUUGUUCCCCAGACAUAUUUACUGCAGUUUUUUCUUAUUUAUUCUAACUGCUGUUUUCCCUCUGAAGACUUGACCGACCGACUCGAGACCUUUCUUGUGUUUGUUUCUGUCGCGUUCUCCUGCUUUUGAACGGUGACUUGCAGCCUUCUAUGUGCCUCUCUAUAGCAAGGAAAAUAUUGUGUUGUACUAAGGAUGAAGCAGGGAUCUCUGCCUCUCCCGUCAGAUCAGCUUCCUCCCUCUUCACACUCGUUUGUUUCUCGUGGUGGAUGGAGCUGCAGACUGUCAGUGUUUGUAUUCUACAUCUUUGUUCUCGCCUUCUUGGCUUUUUUUCCCUCACGGUGAUUUCUGAUUGGCAGAGAGUGUCCGGCCGCCUACGCCGAGCUCAGCUGACGUCUUUUAGUUGUUAUGCAAGUACUACUCUAAUGACAAAAUGGGAAACUUGAAAUACUGCAUGUGGCAGGAUGGCAGGGUGUCGUCACGGUUGGAGAACAUUUGCAUCAUCUUCUCGCCUGUAGAUGUUUGGUUGCUGCUCACUUGAUGUUUUUUGUGUUUUGUCUUCAGUCCGUUCUCGUUGCGUUCUCGUCGCUUUAGCUGUGCAGAAGUUGUUUGAUUGUUGCUUAAAGGCUCAAUCUGUGAUAUCGAAGAAUCUGCUGAAGCUCCUGAAUGACUCCUAUUUAACUUUUUACCGCCCACUGGACGCUACCACUAUGUAGAACUUUGACAGCACUAAUAAUUGAGAAUGAGAUGAAUAUGAGCAUGUAAAAUAAGCUGUCUGUAUGAAUAGAUGAGCUGAAACAUGGUGUAACAAAUCCUUUAUGUUCAGAUUCAUCACAAUGGUUUGUGUCGUUUUAUCACGGCAGCCUAAAGUUGCAUUAAAAACACUAAAGAGCAGCAACAUUUGCAGCUGCGUUAACCGAUUUUUAGGUUUGUUUUGGCCACAUGGGGGCAGCAGAACACGCUCUGAACACGUCACCGACAUAUUAUGAAGUGUCGUGUUUGCCUGUUUACACGUGCAGAGCGUGAGCGUUGAUUCUGGAUCAUGUUUCGAUGAGUAUGAAUCCAAUAUUUACCAGUUUUUCAUCAGUUCGGUGCUGAGCAGGUCAUGCACAGUUGGUAUAUCAGGCAAAUAGACCCAGGCUUCCCAUCAGGAGACUUUCAAAGAUACUAUAUCCAAAUAAAAAUGCUGCACAUAGUGAAUGGUUGUAGGUUAUCGUAGACAGAGGGGCUCUCCAUCAGUCAGUCAGAGCUGAACGAGCCUCUUGGAAGAAAGGCGAGACUUAAAGAAACUAAGCAAGUCCAGUUGCCCACGAUAACCUUCAAUGGGAACUAUGACCUGCAUGAGAAUGUUCACAGUAAACAGAGUUAAACAUAAACUGUUCACAGAUUGGGCCUUUAACAAACUGCAGGCUGUACUCUCCAAGGUUCAGGACACUCAUUAACAUUUGUUUUUCUUAAAGUCCAGUACAGACUGCUCUGUCCUUUAAUCGCAUUCACUGGGGAGUUUCCUGACUGGCAACUUUCCUGUCACCCUUCACACCAUAAUCUUCUCCCUGCUGGGCUCAGGUCCCACAGCCUUCAGCUUUGCUGUCUCUCAAGUGUUCCUAACAGACACGGGUCGGACUCAUGAAGCUUCACCUCUCGUUAUCUGCAGCACUAAACUGUCACCUCCGUUAGUUCGUCCCAUCACGGUCACUGAAGAUGACGCGCAUGUUUACCCGCUCCGCUCAUCUCUUUUAGCCUUUUGUGCAACUCUUCCUUUGUGAGGUGAGGAAAAAAACUGUUUGCCUGACACCAUAAUGACAGUAAGGGCUCAUUCAUUAGUACAUUUUUGUGCUGGAGAGACAGAAUGGAUGGAGAUUUAUUCUUGAGAAACUCUAAUUGCCCUUAGUGUUUAAUUGCAUGAUGAAAUUAGACAAAUUCAAGUCACACUUUUCCUCAGCAGAGUGAAAAGGCUGUUUGGUGCAGCGUGGCCUGUCUCAGGUCCGUCCCGACCCGUCGUGUUGGGUUUCUUUUUUCUGGAAAAGAGCCUGAUGAGUCCCCGAGUGUCUCAUGAUGAGUGUCAGCACGUCAGAGUCCUCUUUGUUCGUCACAUAAUCAACAUCUUUUUGACAAAUUUAGCGAAUGUGACCAAAGAGCCGGAAAGGCGAGGGCUCACAUGGAGCCAGGCUCGAGAAGGGGGACAGAUCGCAGCCCUCCUGCUGCUCGUCCAUACGCUCUGUGGGAAAUAAUGGGACGCUCCCCUUUCAUUCAUCCUCACGUGCAUGAUCAGUGUGUGUAGUAUUCGUUGGUCUUUUAAGUGCCUGAUGAUGCAUUUGUGUGGUGAACACGUAAACACUGUUUUUGUCCUUCAGGUCCUCUCGGGGACACACUGCAUGUUGCUGUGAUGUUUUGCACUGUUACUGAGGAGCCAUAGCACAUAGUCACAUUGUCGGUGUGUUACUGUAAGAAAACCCAUUUUUACCAUGAGCGGUUGCGGUCUACGUGGACACUGUUUCAGCUGCAGCGAGGUGUUUCUGGCUUCUUUGGGAGAGCUUGGAAUUAUGGGGUUCUGAGUUGUUUUUAAAUGAAAUCUCAACACUGUAAAUUCUCAGAUAGUAGCUAAAAAUAUUUUUAUUUGUUAUUUUAAAGAUAUUUAAAUUCUUUUGUUUAGCCUCUUAGCUUCUCACUUCAGCUUUUAUUGUGAAACAUUUGCUGGAAGUUCUGCCUCAUAGGAUUUGCAUACAUUUAUGUCCAGCAGCUCUCCGUCUUCUUGCUGGCACGUUUCUCGGCCUCUCGGCAUGUCAGCGCCACCAACUGCUGCUCAGUGAAAUAUUGUGAAACCUUCGGGGUCUGUUGUGUCGCCCUGUUUUUACGCACACGUGUACUCAUGCAUGUACACAAGAUACAAACAGAACAUGAACCCAGUUUGUAAAAAAAUACUGCUCGACAGUGCCACAAGUGGACAAAAAGUCAACAGGAUACCUUUAACCUGAAAGUGUUGAUUCAUUUCUGAACACUACACAAAAAGAUGAUAGAAAACAUUUUUUAAAGAUAUUAUUUUGGGCUUUAUUUGACAGAGACAGGAAUGUGGGAUUGAGGCGGGGAAUGACAUGCGGGUCGGAUUCGAACCCUGGGCCGACUGAGCUAAACGACACACCUAUAAAACAUUUUUUAAAAUAAUAUUUUUGCUUUGAUAUUUAAUUUACUCUCUUUAAUUUAAUAUGCAGCCUUUUGAAGUACAUUCAUUUACUAAUCAGAAUAAUUCAGUUAAUUUACUAACUCCUGGUUUGGCAAUGCAACCUUUUUGUAGAAACUCAAGUGAUUAAAAUUAAUUAAUCUUAAUUUUGAGUGCAGUUUGCUGGACAGUAUUCUCCCGCAAUGCAAUACACAGAGGAGAUAAAGAAAAAUGAAAAGCAGCUUCAAAAGAACAAAGAAAUAAAAUAUGAACUGUAUGAACCUUUGGAGAAGUGCAUUAUUAUUAUUAUUAUUAUUAUUAUUAUUAUUAUUAUUAUUAUCUAUUUAUCUAUAAGAACUGCAGACAAGUAUAUGACCAAAACAUGCAUGUAGAUUAUAUUUUUAUGGUAGUCUGUACAACCUGACACAUGACUGCUGCGCUCUGGCUAUUAUUUGAGAAUUUACAGUAUCCACCUAUUAAAAAUGAUCUUAUGUUUGUGUUCAGUCUAAAUCUUUGAUUUAAAUCUGCUCAGAACCUUCGAACUCCUCGCUGCUCCUCAGCAGACAGCACUUACACUUGUGCUCACUCAUUUUUCAAUAGGCUGUAAUAAGAAAAGAGUCGAGUCCAAUCACUCAUCACAUGGUAUUUUCCCGUGUGUGUGUGUGUGUGUGUGUGUGUGUGUGUGUGUGUGUGUGUGUGUGUGAUCCCGCUUGUCUGGAGUCACAUCGCUCGCGCAGAAAAAGCGGUCAUCAUCCUGCAUCGAGUUUUCUUUUUGUCUCCUACAUGUCAGGCUUUGUGUUUUCUGUGUGAGCGCUCAUAACGUCUGCCUGCGGGAUGUGGGAAUUCCCGUCCGAGUUUAUUUCUGGCUCGUGUUCACCUGCUGAGUAAACCUCUGUCUGUGGGGGUUAACAUGGGCAGGACGUCCGAAUGGAAACUGUCCUUAGCGGACGAUUAUUGUCACAUCCCAUCACGAGUCCCCUCUUAACCUCUGAGUUUAUUUGAGCACCCAACAACAGGCACGUAUUUCUGGAUGAUGCGUCUGUAACAUCCAGUAGGCGAGCGGCGCUUACUGGAACAAGACGCUUCUUUUAUUUUUGUGUUGGAAGCUCGUACACAGAUUUGAAUCAGAGGAAAUUUCCUCACCUUCUUCCUCAUCCUUAAAAAAUGUGUCAGCAGAUGAAUCAAAACCAUCAAACAGCCCGUGCAUAACGCUUCCGGCCCUUUACAGAUUGUAUCAAGUGUAAAUCUGUUUGUGGGUGAGCCGUGCUGAGGUUUCUUGAACGCUUCGUUUUUUUUUCACCAUCCAUCGCACAACACUUCUUCUUCUGCCUCGAGCGUUCUCGAGGCCGAAUACUACGACAUGACUUGUGAACCGUGGAGCUUUGUGUCUCUCUGUUGCAGGUGGUAAACUGCUGGUACACACAGCUGUAUGUGGUGUUGUGUUCUUUUAUUCGGGGUCGGGGUUUGUGUCAGGGCAGCGCCGGGCUGUUUCUUUUCAGUAGAAUACCCAGAGAUGCUACUGUACGUGGACGAGGGUCUUUCGUUGCUGUUGGGUGGGUUCGGGGAGGGUUACGACGGCUACAUCUCCUUGCCCCAUGGGAAGUGAAGUUCUCAGUAUAUUUACACAUCUCUAAAGCCUCUGCUAAAGACUGAUGACUGUUCAUUUAGAGCUCAAUGAAUUUCUAUAAAUAUUUUAGAUUGCUCAAACUGAUUAUGUGCAAUUGUAAUGAUGGAAAUUCAAUAAAAAAGAGGUAUUUUUA